UCAUGAGCUCAUUGCAGACCAAAGUACAGAAUCCACUGCGUUCUUCGCCUCCAGGAGAUCCAACCUGCAGUCAUUAACGAUGGUGUGGAAAAUCAUCAGGCCACUGCAAGCAUGCAAGCUUCUCUUAGUGGUUUUAUCUCUGCCGCAGGGGAGGACAAGUUCGGUUUUAACUGUGAACGGUAAAACUGAGGACUAUAUCCUGGAUACAAGCCCUGGUGUCCAAGCAUCUCUGGAAUGUGCUGUUCAAAACCACAGCAGAGACGAAGAACUUCUCUGGUACAGAGAAAACAAAGCCAUAGAUUUGAAAAGCGGAAACAAAAUCAACACCAGCUCAGUAUGCGUGUCUUCCAUCAAGGAAGACGAAGACGGAGUCCGCUUCACCUGCAAGCUGCAGAGGGACCAGACCGUGUCCGUGUCAGUGGUGCUGAACGUGACUUUUCCCCCUCUCCUAAGCGGAAACAGCUUCCACACUGUGGAGGAAGACAGCGAUGUAAGGUUGGUUUGCAACGUGAAAUCCAACCCUCAAGCGCAAAUGACAUGGCAUAAAAACAACAACACCUUGUUUUUAGAGAAGGGCCGUCACCAAAUCCAACAGACGAGGGAGUCUUUACAGCUGUCAAUCACCAAGGUCAAGAAGUCUGACAAUGGAACCUACAACUGCAUUGCUAGCUCGUCUUUGAAGACGGAGACCAUGGACUUCCUCCUGGUGGUCACAGACAAAUCUCCCGUCGUGCCCAUCGAGCCGAUCAUUGCUGCUUCUGUCGUGGUUGUCUUGACCCUGGCUUUUGGAGUGCUUGCUAGGAGGAAAAGGAUAAUGAAGCUCUGUGUGAAAGAGAAUGCCCGGAGCACAGAAACAGCUCUAUGAGAAGGCUGAGCUGCCACGUGAAGAGGUUUGCAUCAGGACCGUCUUGAUCUGCAUAGCGUCGUCUGUAUUUAUUGCCAUUUUAGAAUUCACUCAUGUCAAAUUGUCAGAGGUUAUAGAGAAGCAAUUAUUAAUUACUGAACAGUGGGUGUUAUGGCUAAUUUGAUCUACUCAUGGAUCUAUUUUAUGAUCGAAGGUUCAGAAUAAAAAGAUUUUGGAAAGCCCUCUCCUGAGGUAUAUGUUAAUUUAUCCCUAAUAGAUUGGUAACUGCGUACUAUUUAACUUAUCUUUUUCUGCAUAGGCGAUUAACUGACAUUUGGGUUUUCUAAAUCGGUGCAACAGCUGAAAAGCAAAGCAGAGACUGACAUAGAAGGACGGCGGCGUUCCUAAGUUGCCAGGGAGCUCAUAACAACAUAAAUUACCUCCCGCUGUCAGAGUCGCCUCAUUAGCGUCUCAGGACUAGAAGGAAGGGUCUAAUCUCAAAACGUAAGGCGUCCCUUCAAACGGAAUAAAUUUAGUGUUGUGAAAAUUUUA